UCCAUCACAAAGACCACGAACUAGAAGAAAAAUAGCAUGCAUUUGUGUUUUUCCUGCUGUGUAUAUCCCAGUGCGCAUGCGUAGUGGACAUCAGAGUGACUUAUUUUCUUGAGGAGGUAUUUCUCGCAUCUACGUCACAGUGCGGCGCUUCCUCCCAUUGGCCGCCAGCACCUGAAGGCAGAUUUGAAUUUCCCUUACCCUGCCAGCACGCCGCCCGCCGCCCCCUCGCCAUGGCCCAGAACAUCGCCCCCGUCACCGCCUCCACCAGCAACGCCAACAAGAGCAGCCCGGAGAAGGCGCUGAAGGGGCGGGACAGCCACUCGGUAUCCAAGAGGCUACAGCAUGAGCUCAUGACACUCAUGGUCUCCAUGGAUAAGGGCAUAUCAGCCUUCCCUGAGGGAGACAACCUCUUCAAGUGGGUGGGCACCCUCACCGGCCCAGCCACCACGGUGUACGAGGGGCUGACUUACCGCUUGUCUCUCGAGUUCCCCAGCAGUUACCCCUACUCGGCCCCCACUGUAAAGUUCAUAACUGCCUGCUUCCAUCCUAAUGUUGACCUGCACGGUAACAUCUGCCUUGAUAUCCUGAAGGAGAAGUGGUCAGCAUCCUAUGAUGUCCGUGCCAUCUUGCUCUCCAUCCAGUCUCUGCUUGGAGAGCCCAACAAUGACAGUCCCCUCAAUGGCCAUGCGGCAGAGCUGUGGACGAAUCAGGCAGCCUACAAGAAACAUCUACUGGAGCAUUACAAGAAGGCAAUGAAUUGAUGACCCACAAUACACACACAUACACACACACACACACGCACACGCUCACACUCACUCACUGCAACAGGGCUGUGGCAACACUAAAGGCAAUUGUUAAGUGGCUGACAUAUUAUUGUGUCCGUUACUACUAGAUUUAGUCAUAUUUUAUAACCGGUCAUUUCAUCAACUGGUGGUAAAAGUCCAGUGUUUUGAUCACAUAAAAGAUUGUUAGUAUAUAGUUUUCUAUUUACUAAUUUAAAAUUUUAAAAUGCUUUCAUAUAUGGUAUUUACAUUGAAGAGUGAUAGGCUUCCAUAUAUUUGGAUGUCAUUUUAUCAAUUGGUAUCCUUAUGUCAGGUCAUUUUAUCAGUUAGAUAAAAUGGUCAGCUGGCUGGCUGAGUGGUGCAAAUAACCAGUGAUUCUGGCAGCUGACAGUCUUCUGGCACCCUUCCUACUCAAGAUCUUUUAUUUUCAGUUUCAUAUCCUUCAUGUAUUCCAGUGACUAGAUGGAUGAAAACUUUUUGAAUGGGCUUCAGGUUUUUAUCAAACGUUUUAUAUAGAGGUUAACAUUUUAUAAGAAAUCCAAGUUAGGUGAUAGUAUAUGUAUUGUGUAUGUUAUGAGGUCAGUAAUGACUUUGGUAUGAAUGUUUUUUGUCUGUGAUGUAUAAUAUGAACAAAUCUUAUUUUUCCUUCUUCCUCUCAGUAAAGGCAACAGGUUUUGAGGGAACAAUGCAUUUUUUAACCUGUUGAUUAUAGCUAUUAAGGUUAUUGCUGUUGAUGAGGGCUUAUAUCAUUAUGUAAGGACUUGGCAUGGUAUGAAGGCAGACAUGAGAUGCAUAGUGAAUACAAAAGAAAUACAAUGCUGUCAAUAUAUCAAGAUUUGGGGGUCUUAUGAAGGGUAACAGAAAAGAUACCCCAGGGAUAAGAGUGCAGUGUGCAGGUCUGACCUCUCCGUUACCUCCCAAUUUGUAUCUGGUCAAAGUCAAGUCCUUGACUUCAGUCUACUGGUGAGUAAUGUGUGAUUGCUCCAAAAGAGAAAGUAGAACUUCUUGUGACAAAUUUUUAUUUAAAGCUCAGCCAUGAGCUCUGUGGUCCAGUGGUGGAUAGGGGAAGGGUUGGUAAUGGGACUGGUGGAGAGGGGAAGGGUUGGUAAUGGGACUGGUGGAUAGGGGAAGGAUUGGUAAUGGGACUGGUGGAGAGGGGAAGGGUUGGUAAUGGGACUGGUGGAUAGGGGAAGUAUUGGUAAUGGGACUGGUGGAGAGGGGAAGGGUUGGUAAUGGGACUGGUGGAGAGGGGAAGGGUUGGUAAUGGGAGGAAUUGAGAGGUUUAGAAGAGGAUUAGUCCACUUCCAUUUCCUUUUGCCCCUUUCCAUACCGUGAUGCCGACAUCUGCGUCAUGGAUGGAAAGGGUUAAGGACCAAUAUGACAGAGAUGAGAAGUGUGGCCACAUGCAGCCAUAGUGUACGCCCCCUUGCUUUACCUUUUGUGACAGAAGUAGCAAGUUGAAUCCAAGAUCAUGGCACUGGUGUACACAUUUUGAUUUUAUUAUUGUGGAUGUGAAAAUUUGCUGCAACCACUGUAUUUUUUGUCUUCUCUGCAGGUGAAGAGAAACAUGCUGCCACUAUUUUGAAAGAAGCAAAACAAAGAAAUAGCUUGAAUCUUUAUUAUAACAUCAAAAUAAUUCAACUUAAUACUACUGGAAUCUUCCAGCAAUCCCCAAUUGUUCAACUUCUCAGAAUUAAAAUCACCAGCAAGAGAAGUUGACCCUCCCCAGACCUGCAGAGCCACUGGCUUUGCUGCAGAAACAAAACAAAGUUUUCUUACUCCAAGAUAUACAAGCAAUAUCUUAACCAUCUCCAAUAGUGGUUUGCAAACUACACAGUAUAUAAUGCUUUAUUCUGUUUACUUUGUGUUGCAUAUAUUUCCAUUAAGCAUGAAUGUGCCAAGUGAACGACAUAAGAAAACUUACAUAUCUGUGCAGUACAUGUAUGUGCAAUAAGAUUAAUUGCUACUGUUUUUGAUUUUUGCACAUCGUAUUUCCCUUAGGCACACUGGUCCCAUAGUUAUCAAGGGUAAUCUUAUAGAAAUUAUACCGUUGAAAAUAAAAUAAAAAGAAA